UCGGCGCGCGCCACGCAGUGCCUGCCGCACGCGAGCGAGGUGGAGGUGCAGACGGGCCCGUACUUCGGCGGGCGCAUCGCCGUGGAGGCGUCGCGCGGCGCGGAGGGCGGGGGCGCCGAGGGCGGGGGCGGGGAGCGCUGCGCCGUGGCGGGCGACCCGCACAGCGCCCGCGCCGCCUACGUGCUGCGCAUCGACCACGACGCGUGCGGCGUCCACGUCAACGCCACCACCGUCGCCACCUACGUCCUCGUGCAGGAGAACCUGCCCAUCCUCACGCACAGCACGCGCCGCUUCCUCGUGCUCUGCACCUACCAGCCCGAGACGCUCACCUCGCUCUCGGAGGCGAUUCCGUUUGACACAAGUCAGCUUGAUACGCUGAACGAUGUCCAAGUUGCCAGGCUUCAGCAACAUAAGCAAAUUGUAGAUGCUCUAGAAGAAUCAAUCGUACAAGACCAAACAGUAGCUCAACUUGCCUUGAUGGUGAUCGUUGUCGUGGCGAUGGUUUUAGGAUCAGUAGUCGCUGCCUGGUGGUUAUUCAUCAAUCCAAGAAGGAAGUCUUCAGGUUCCAUAACGAGUGCGUCGUCUGAACCGUGUACUCCACUUUACGAAAAUUUUGAAAAUUCCCUGCGAGAUGCCUCAUCCAAGGAAGACAGAACAACAAGAAAGAACCCUGGAGAGACCAGCACAGAGAGUGAAGAUAAUUCAAUAUUAGACAUCGGAAAUUGUCCUUCUGGAGUAUUCACCAUUCGUACUCCAGCAGCACGACCAAAUACCAAUGACGCCCAAGCUUGCAUCACAAUAGCACCUACUUCACAUUCGGAGGCCUAGACCUUUUUAUGCUACUUGUAAAAUAACACUUGCUUCUGCAUUUGUGACAAAGGUUUAGUGUAACUUAAGUCAAUGCAUUCAUACUUAACUAGAGCACAAGAUGCUAGUACGGAGAAUGUAAAAAUAAAAUAAUUGUAGGGAUCAUGUGUAGACAUUGUGAAACAAAUUAGUACAAAGUCAAAAAGCAAUUCAGUAUGUUGAAAUAGUAUUAAAAUGUGAUAAUAUGUAAAUUACGAUCGUGUAUGGUCUUUAUCUGUAUUGACUUUUGUAAUUUUUCUUACAAUUGUGACUUAUUCCAAUAUUUUUUAUCGGCUACAGACUACUUUGCUAAUGACUAUAUUCUCACUAGUCAUCUGGGUAUUGUCACACAUGAAUCAAAAGGAUCAUUCUGUGAUUAUUUCAUAAUUAUGUUAUUAUUUAUAACACUAUUCAUAUUAUGAACAAAGAUAAAAGUUUUUUUUACUUUACACAUGUUUGUAUUAGUCAUGGAAGUGUAAACUUCAUACCCACACCUGAAGCAUUAAAGUUCUUUCCUGAAGACCUUGAAUACAUUACAUCCACAUUCCAUAAAUAUGUCUACGGUCUUGAAGAAAUAUCACGAAACGUGUUUAUAUUGUUUACAUUUCCAACAUGAUGUUGG